GCCGCAGCAGCAGCAGCAGUAGCAGUAGCAGUAGCCCAGCUCUAGAGGGUAGCUCCGUGACCGUGGCCGCUGCGGGCAGGCCGGACACCACCUGGCUGGCUGGGCUUCCGCAAGAACUGGCGAAGGCAGGGCUCCAUUCCGGCUGCCGCAUCGUUUGGGCCGCCGACGGGGCAGGUGCCAGGAGCCAGGGACUCAGCUGUAUCCAGAUAUCAUUAUGCAUCAGGAAAAUGAAAAAGCAGAGGAAACUUCUAUGGAGGAAAGGAAUCCACUUUGCCUUUUCUGAGAAAUGGAAUACUGGAUUUGGAGGCUUUGAGACGUUUUAUUUUCACCAACACUUGUGCAUUCUGAAAGCUAAGUUUGGAAGGCCAAUUACUCGGAAUAGACAGUUGAGACAUUUUCAGAAUAGAAAGAAGGCUGUUCAGAUCCAGAAAACGUGGAUCCAGAAUGAACCUCAUUGUGCUAAGACCAAGUCCAGUGUGGUUACCCAGAAUGUUAGUACUCUGUCCUCUAAAGUAAAAAGAAGGGACACUAAACACUUCAUUUCCUCCUCGAGGACUCUCUUGAGACUCCAAACCAAGACAUUUCUGACAUCAGCAAAGAACUCUGAUAAUGAAUACGGUAGAGAGAAAAGUCUUUUAAAGGCAGUUUCUGACUUUCCAGCAAAUAGUGUUUUAGGACAGGCCAAUGGUCACAAACUUAGGACAGAGCCGCAAAUUUCUGACUUUCCCAUGAAGUUCAAUGGGGAGAACCGAAGUCCAGAUGAGAGUGGCACGAUUGUGGUUACCUUGAGCAACCAUAAGAGAAAGCGCUGUUGUUAUGGCUGCUACCAGGGGCUGGAGAACCAUAGGAAUGGGGGACCCCUAAUUCCAAAAAAGUUCCAACCUGACCAACAUAGAAGAAAACGGUCUCCUCUUAUGAUGUAUGAAAAAUUAUCCACGAUUAGAUGUCGGUACAGGAGUCUGAGAUCGCAGCACUUCAGAACAAAGAGCAAAGUUUGUAAGCUAAGAAAAGCCCAGCGAAGCUGGGUGCAGAAGGUCACUAGGGACCAUCAAGAGACACUUAGGGAGAACGGUGAGGGUGGCAGUUGCAGCCCAUUUCCUUCCCCAGAACCUAAAGAUCCUUCUUGUCGGCAUCAGCCGUACUUUCCAGAUAUGGACAAUGCAGUGGUGAAGGGUAAGAACUCUCAUAAGCCUGAUAGCCACACUAAAGGAAGUCCUUUCUUGGACAAGGAGCUUAGUUUAGAGGAAGCAUUUCCUGACCAACAGAAUGGCAGUGCCACAUACACCUGGGACCAGUCACCCUGUUCUUCUCCUAAGUGGGAGUGUACAGAGUUGAUUCAUGACAUCCCCUUAUCAGAACAUCAUUCUAGUAAUGUGUUUAUCUCAGAAACUGAGAGAGAAAUUAUGACUCUGGGUCAGGAAAAUCGGAGAAGUACUGUCAGUGAUGACAGAGUAAAACUGUCAGAGUCUGGAACAGAUAAAUCUAUGAGUAGUGUAGAUGGCCCUGUAUCUGAAGAGACUGUUCAAAGCGAGAACUCAUGCCAAAUGGAGGAGGAUGGAUCUCUCAAGCAGAACAUUCUCAGUUCUAAGUUGCUGGACCACCCAUACUGUAAAAGUCCACUGGAGGCUCCCCUGGUGUGCAGUGGACUCAAACUAGAAAAUCAAAUGGCUGGUGGAAAGAACAAUCAGAAAGGGUCUCCAGUGGAUGAUGAACAGCUGUCAAUUUGUCUUUCUGGAUUCCUAGAUGAAGUUAUGAAGAAGUAUGGCAGUUUGGUUCCACUCAGUGAAAAAGAUGUCCUUGGAAGAUUAAAAGAUGUCUUUAAUGAAGACUUUUCUAAUAGAAAACCAUUUAUCAAUAGGGAAAUAACAAACUAUCGGGCCAGACAUCAAAAAUGCAACUUCCGCAUCUUCUACAAUAAGCACAUGCUGGAUAUGGAUGACCUGGCCACCCUGGAUGGUCAGAACUGGCUGAAUGACCAGGUCAUUAAUAUGUAUGGUGAGCUGAUCAUGGAUGCAGUUCCAGACAAAGUUCACUUCUUCAACAGCUUUUUUCAUAGACAGCUGGUAACCAAAGGAUAUAAUGGAGUAAAAAGAUGGACUAAAAAGGUGGAUUUGUUUAAAAAGAGUCUUCUAUUGAUUCCUAUUCACCUGGAAGUCCACUGGUCUCUCAUUACUGUGACACUCUCUAAUCGAAUUAUUUCAUUUUAUGAUUCUCAAGGCAUUCAUUUUAAGUUUUGUGUAGAGAACAUAAGAAAGUAUUUGCUGACUGAAGCCAGAGAAAAAAAUAGACCUGAAUUUCUUCAGGGUUGGCAGACUGCUGUUACGAAGUGUAUUCCACAACAGAAAAAUGACAGUGACUGUGGAGUGUUUGUGCUCCAGUACUGCAAGUGCCUCGCCUUAGAGCAGCCUUUCCAGUUUUCACAAGAAGACAUGCCCCGAGUGCGAAAGAGGAUUUACAAGGAGCUGUGUGAGUGCCGGCUCAUGGACUGAGACUCAGCAGGGACUCUGAGAAGUCUGACCAAGUUGGAGCAGAUGGUUUGUUACUUGAAUCUCCAAACACUUAUUUGAAUUUUUACAGAUAUUUCAGAUCAGUGGUAUUGGGCCACUAUUGUUACCUCAGAUUUAUUUUUUGCCCUUAUUCAUUUCUCUAGCUACCAUGUACUUCUGUUUAAUGUUCAGUUUGGUUUCAUUUUUUUAUUUUAUGGAUUCUGUGCAUCCCCCCAUAUUUAAUAUUUAUUCAAAUGCAUGCAUAUAGACAGAGCAUGCAGUGAAGAGUAUUAAAAAAAAAGCUUAGUAGAUUUGGUGCAGCUUUUGAAACUUAGUUAGAUGUGAACUGAAUACAGGUUUCAAAUUUAAUCCCAGCACUUAAAAAUGCAAGAUGUUUUUGAUACAGCAUAACUCUGAGAAUAGUAGAUGUUCCCUGGAGCAUAAAUGGUAGCGAGGAGUGGCUCUGAGAAAGCCAGGCCUGUUUUACAUUUACCAGUGGCACCUUUCACUGACUUCCCUCCCCAAGUGAGUCUUAGAGUGACAUGCAUUCCUUUUGAAGGGUGAGGUGGAAGUGACCAUAAACAGAUUUAUGUGUGUUGUGUUUAUGGAGGCGCACUUGUAAGCAUUGCAUCUGCUUUGGAAAGAGUUGAUCAAGAUGUGAGAAAAAGACAGCAACCUUGGGGGCCAGUUAUCUUAACAAAUGAGAGAUUUCAGUCGGAUUUUAAGGAUUAUGAUACAUGGCCUACAUCUCAAAGGAUUUUGCUGGUACACUGAGUUCUUUGGUUUUUUUCUAGUUUUGAUCUGGUAAAAAAUUUAACAUCCAUCAACCAAAUGAGAUGUUAGUGGUCAACCAAAUGAGAAUUUGGCCUAUCCAAGAGUAAUUUAAUUAUAAGUAGUAACUUGCCUUGUGUUGCCUCCCAUAUGCAAGAGAUGAAAUAAAUUUCUAUUUCAAGGAUAUCUGAAAUAUAAACAUUCAGAGUCAAAGACACCUUUUGGAGGUGGCUGGGGAGAAAAGGGAAGAUUAUAAAAAUGACUCGAUUCCAUGGGAGUGCAACCAAUGCAUUAGAGGUUUCUUUCUCGUCUCUGGUGAUCUCAGCAACAUGCAGGGCUCAUUUGGCUUCUGUAUGAGCAAUCCUGACACUCUGGCACUCUUUUUCUCCUUUCUGUUGAACCUUAUCUUCUGAGGGAGAGGCCAAAGUGGCCCUGUUCUUAUACAUGGCUGCCUUAAGACUAAAGUAAUGGCUCUUACAUCUAUCAUCUGGCCUUUUGUGACAUAUCUGAAAGGAAAAGAAAUAAGGAAAGAUGUAUGUUAAGUCUGCUCAAUUAUCUUUUCUAAACCAGGGGAGGAAAAAACCUAUGUGUAAAAACCUCAGAAGGCCUGUAUGGAAAAAUGUCAACAGAAUGGCAGAAGAUACUUGAAUUUAUGCCUGCUGGGUUUGGAGUGUUGAAAAGAAAAAGCUGAAAUGUUUAGUUUAACUUGGCUGUAAGGUAUGGCUGAGAAAAGGCCUGCCGCUGGCAUUUGAGGGUUGAAUCAGACCAUGUUUACAUGUGGGGCUCCCAGCACCAGUGUUGACACUGGGAAGCAGCCCCAGCACUUUCCUCCUCAGUGUAGAACUAGGUCAGUAUUUCUUACUGUGCUUCAAGUCGUUCAAAAGACUUGAGAGUAGAGGCACUUCAGCUGCUACAGGUAGGGUUGUGUCGGCAUUAGGAAAGGUAACAAUUAAAAGUUGGAAGAUGUUUCCGGACAUAAUUUUACAAAUGUGAAAUUUUUCAAAAUUUAUGAGACAUCUUCUGGGUUUUCUCUCUCUUUUUUGCUAUACCAAAGUAACCAGUAACUAGGCUAUUGAUUCAAAAUGUCUUGAACUUCAGAGUAAGGAAGCUGCUGACUUCCUCAAUGCCGAAACCAGGCAUACAGAAGAGACAAAAAUAAUUGUGUCCCUGCAAGAAUCUCAAUGCCCAGAGCUUAGCUGCACUAAGGCAUAAGCAGGGAUAAGCAUAGCGACCUUAAGGAGAGCUGGCCAAGGCAAGUUACUCUUUCACUCACAGCAUACUGGGGCAUCUUGAAGUGCACUGCUCAGCAUGGUUUAGCCUAAAUGUUGUAUCUUAAAAGUCUGUUUUUAAAUGUUUCUGCCAUUUAUGAAACUUGGUUUCAACACAUAGUUGCUUUUCCUUUCCUUCUUGUCAUUAGGCAUAAAAUUAUAUUUAACUCAAAUCCUAAAUUAGAAUGUUUUUCUUCCUGAUGUUUACAGAGAUUGCUUCCUCGGUAAGAAAGGCAUUUUUUGAAAAUACUUUGGGCUUUUGGUGAAAGAGACAGGCAUUGCUUUACUGCUACUAGCUUGGCACUAAACUGUUCAGGGUGCCUACAAGGUAGGCAGACCUUUAUGCCUGUUUGUUUUUUUUUUUUUUUUGGUGGAGACAAGAGUCUCACUCUGUCACCCCAGCUAUAGUGCAGUGGUGCCAUCACAGCUCACUGCAAUCUCAAACUCCUAGGCUCAAGUGAUUCUCUUGCCUCAGACUCCCAAGUAUCUGGGACUACAGGUGUGUGCCACCAUGCAGCUAAUUUUUUCAAUUUUUUAUAGAGAUAGGGUCUUGCUCAGGCUGUUCUUGAACUCCUGACCUCAAGUAAUCCUCUUGCCUUGGCCUCCCAGAGUGCUGGGAUUAUAGGUGUGAACCACUGUGCCUGGCCAGGCAGACCUUAGGCAAACUAAAAGCUACCUUUUUUUCCCAAGGGGGAAAGGGUCUCAUUCUACUCCCUGGACUACAGUGCAGUGGCAUGGUCAUAGCUCACAGCAAUCUCAAACUUGUGGGCUCAAGUGAUUCUCUUGCCUCAGCCUCCCAAAUAGCUGGGAUUAAAAGCAUGUGCUACCAUGUGGGGCUAAUUUUUCUAUUGUUUUGCAGAAAUGGGGUCUCACUUUUACUCAGGCUAGUCUUGAACUCCUGAGCUCAGGAGAUCCUCCACCUUGGCCUCCCAGAGUGCUAGGAUUACAGGUGUGAGCCACCAUGCCUGGUGUAAAGGCUACUUUUGACCACCUGUCCACAGGCUGCCCAGUCCUUUCUGUCAGCUAACUUAUCAGGUGGUAGUUGCACCAUUUUACUGGUCUUUCCUUUGCUUAAAUCUAUAGCAGUGGAUAUAGAUUUAAUUCAACUUUUAGUUCACUCAAGACUCAUAGAGAAUCAACUUUCAGUUAGCCUCUUAAGAAAGGGAAAAGAAGCAACUGCUGCCAGUAAUCCCCCAAGCCCAGUUUUGGCUUUUUUUUUUUUUUUUUUUCUGUUUCCUACUUAGCAUCGAAUCUGAAUAACAUCCUGAGUGUAUAGUUGGAGCAAAACAAUAACAGACCUAAGUGGGACACAGCCAGCACUAGUCUACUCUGAACUGCCCCUUUUCUUUUCUGUUGCGGUUUACUGCUUCCCUGGGUUAGAAGACAUAAUUAGGGUGUCUGGGUGGUUCAGACCCUACAGGCAAGAAACAAUGUAUUAACAGUGUGAAUUAUAUAUACUAAUUACCUGCUCUGCUUAAUUAUGUUAAGAAACUGAAUUAUAAAGCACAUACUUUGUUAUGUGCUAGGCUCUGCCUCCUGGUCUGUAGAUAAUUAAGACGAUCUAGGGAAUACCAUCAGAGAAGUGCUAAUGUUAUUUGGGUAUUACAAAAGCAGACUUAGACAAGCUGUCCACUUAAAUGGUACCUGUUGGUCAGAAAAAGAAUUUAUUUAAAGAUUAUGAUCAUGUAAAAUUACAGUACUCAACCCUACUAGCAAACUAUUUUUUUGAAAAAUAAACUAAAUGCCUUUAUAAA